AUGGCCUACCAAGAUGACCAAGAUGAGGAUGAAUCUAAAUCGUCUAUUACUUCAGACAACAAGAGUAAAGGAAAACAGAAAGAAUCAAAAAAAAAUAAGAAAGGUAAAAAGAAAGCUAAUGAUACUGAUUCAGAUGUAGAUGAAUUAGAAUUUGACAAUCUUGGAAUAAAGCCUCAAAAUAAGAAAAAUUCUAUACCCAAAGAUGAAGAUGAGAAAAAAAAAGAUGAUAGUGACAACGAAAUUGAGAAAGCUUUCGAAGAAUUGAAUAUUCAACCAUCGGAAGACAUACAACAAAAUAACAAAAGUAAAAAGAAAAGAGAUGAUAGUGAUGACGAGUUUGAUGUACCUCUUGAAGAAGAACAAAAUGAACCAUUAGAAGAACUACCACAAAAUAACAAAAAUAAACAAAAGUCCAAAAAGGGUAAAAAAGCUAAGAAUGAGAGCGAUGAUGAUUUGGAGAAAGAGUUAGCUGAAUUAGAAGCAGAAUACUUUGGGCAAAAAAAGCCUGACAAUAAAAAUGAUCCUGCAGAAGUAGUAAAACCACCUGCUAAAGUGGAACCUUCUGAUGAAAUCUCUGAUGAAGAGGACUCAACGUCGAAAAAGAAAAAAAAAGGAAAAAAGCAAGCUAAAGCUGAAGCAGAUGAAGUAGAAGAAAAAAAUGAUGAUGGCGAAGAGGGAAAAAAACAAGACGAUGCUAAAAAAGACGAAGAACCAAAAGAAGUUGAAGGUUCUAAAAAAGCUAAAGGACCUAAUAAAAAGAUGAUAGCUGCGAUGCAAGAAGCCUUAAAAAAAGCUAAAGAGGAAGAGGAACGAUUAAAACGUGAAGCAGAGGAAAAACUAAGGCAAGAAGAAGAAAGAGAGCAAGCUCGAUUAGAAAAACUUAGAAAAGAACAAGAAAAAAAAGAUAAAAAAAAAUUAAGAGAAAAACAAAGGAAAGAAAAGUUGAAAGCUGAAGGAAAAUUAUUGACCAAUAAACAGAAACAAGCUCAGGCUAGAGCACAAGCUAUGCUGGAAGCUUUAAAAGCACAAGGCUUAGAAAUGCCAGAAGUUGGCGACAAAAAAGCUAGACCAGGUACAAAAGUCAAGCCCAAUAAAGUUAAACAACAGACAAGUACAGAAAGUAAAGAAGAAGUAAAAUCAGUAGAAGAAAAAGAAGUCAAACCAGAUCAAGUAGAAGUUGAAAUAGUAGACAACAAGCAAAAAGAGGAGACAAGUGUAGUAGAUGACGAUGAUGGCCUCAAAGAUGCUUGGGACGCGAGUUCUAGUGAGAGUAGUGAAGAUGAAGCUGAAGAAGAAGCUACAACAGCUGCCACCAAGAAGACAAUAAAAGCUACGAAGGUAUCUGAAAAAGAAUCUUCAUCUGGAGGUGAUGAAGAAGAGUCAGAGAGUGAAUCUGAAUCAGAGAGUGAAGAUGACUCUGACGAUGAUGAAGAUUCUGAGGAUGAAAGUGAUGAAGAUGACAAACGACCGGAUGCCGAAAAGAAGAAAGAGAAAGUACGUCAACGUUUACAAGCUCGCAGGAUAGAAGCCGAGAAAAAACGCACCACGGAUAUUUUGCGUGCUGCAGUUGUUUGCGUAUUGGGUCACGUUGACACUGGCAAAACCAAAAUUCUUGAUAAACUUAGGAGGACUAAUGUUCAAGAUGGUGAAGCAGGUGGUAUAACACAACAGAUUGGUGCUACUAAUGUACCCGUAGAAGCCAUUCAAGAAUCAACAAAACACGUAAAAGGAUUUGCAGAUAAACAAUUCAAAAUUCCUGGUUUAUUGAUCAUCGAUACUCCUGGCCACGAGUCUUUUAGUAAUCUGAGAAAUCGCGGGUCAUCCCUCUGUGAUAUUGCUGUUUUAGUAGUAGAUAUUAUGCAUGGCUUAGAGCCUCAAACGAUAGAAAGUAUCAAUCUCCUAAAAGCUAAAAAAUGUCCUUUUGUUGUGGCAUUGAAUAAAAUUGACAGACUUUACGACUGGCAAACUAUGAAUCGCAAAGAUGUGCAAGAUAUCAUCAAAAGUCAAGAAGCAAUAACUCAGAGAGAAUUUGAAAAACGAGCAAAAGAAGUAAUACUUCAAUUUGCAGAACAAAGUCUCAAUGCUGCUCUUUUUUAUGAAAACCCAGAUCCUCGUAGUUAUGUAUCAUUGGUUCCAACAAGUGCAAUAACAGGCGAGGGAAUGGGAAAUUUACUAGCCCUAUUAACCGAUGCUUGUCAAGGACCUUUAGCCAAGCGACUUAUGUAUUGCGAGGAGUUGCAAGCAACGGUACUAGAAGUAAAAGCUCUUCCUGGUCUCGGAACAACGAUAGACUGUAUCCUAGUCAAUGGUACCCUCAGAGAAGGUGAUACGAUGGUAGUAGCGGGUACAGAAGGGCCAAUUGUAACGCAAAUUCGAUCACUUCUUAUGCCUCAACCAAUGAAAGAGCUUCGUGUGAAAAAUGCUUACAUUGAGUACCGAGAAAUAAAAGCAGCCCAAGGAGUUAAAAUUGCUGCUAAAGAUUUGGAAAAGGCUAUCGCAGGAUUAAACCUAGUGGUGGCUCAGAAACCAGAUGAAGUGGAAGUAUUAAAAGAAGAUAUCGCCAGAGAGCUAUCUAAAGAGUUGGGCAAAAUAAAACUCGCUGAGCGAGGUGUCUUUGUACAAGCAUCUACUCUUGGUGCUCUCGAAGCGUUAUUAGACUUUUUGAAAUCCAGUAAAAUUCCGUAUGCUGGUAUACGCAUUGGUCCUGUAGUCAAAAAGGAUGUUAUGAAGGCCUCCAUCAUGUUGGAACACGACAGUCAAUAUGCUACAAUUUUGGCGUUCGACGUUAAGAUAGAACGUGAUGCACAGGAAUUAGCAGAUUCCCUAGGCGUUAAGAUCUUCCAGGCUGACAUAAUCUACCACCUGUUUGACAGGUUCACCGAGUACAAAGAACAAUUAAGAUUGCGUAAACGCGAAGAGAACAAGCACAUCGCCGUCUUUCCUUGCAAGCUCAAAGUUUUACCACAGGUAAAUUUUAUCAGAUCUGUCGAGUAUUCAAUUGACCAGUACUGCUUUAACUGUUUUGAUCGUAACUAG